CAGAAAGAGAGAGAGAGCGAGAGAGCAAGAAAGAGAGAGGGGGAAAGAGAGAGAGAGAGAGAGAGCGGGAAGGCAGAGCUGUCAAGAGGCAGCGCCAGUGACUACGGCGGCGACGGCGGCAGCAGCUGCGGAGGGAUGCUCCGGUCCGGAGGUUCGGGUGCCCGCUUUCGAGCAGAACCUCUCUGAAGAAGCAACACGUACUGUAGAGCGGCUUUACACAAAAGCGAUUCACACGUUUCAGGAUGUUCUGUGCGAAACUCAAGGAGCUCAAAAUUACCGGAGAGUGUCCGUUUUCUAUGCUGGCGCAAAAUGAGGAGCCAGGUGAAUUCGAGGAAAGCGCCGAAACAAAUCUUCCCGAUGCCGCUGAGCCCGUCUCCAAAGAAGUCUUUGCCACCGAACCGAGCCUCGGACCGCUGCGUAAAACGAGCCGGAGCAAAGUUAACCUGCACAGCCUGGGGGAGAGCGUCCGCAAAUUAGUGUACCCAGAGUUCCACAGGCUGAACGUUGCCUUUUGCAGAAUAAUCCGACAGCACAAAACAGAGUCAGUAUGCUCUGGAGACUUGUAUCUGGAUGCUCACAGAACUGUGGAAGAUUCAGAAAGUUUUAUAAAAGUGAUGAAGAGUUUCUCAGAAAAAUCAGGAAUUCCAAUGAACACCUUAAAAAUUUCCCUUGGGGAAGAGCUCUUCAAAAUCUGCUAUGAAGAAGAUCAGCAUAUCUUAGACGCGAUUGGGGGGACGUUGAACGACUUCUUGAACAGCUUCAACGAGCUUCUGAAACAAAGCAGCUGCCAUCAGGCUUGUAAGGGGGACAUGGAGAAUGAAGCCUCCGUCCUCUGUAUGGAGAAGGAGCCUGGCUUUCUGACCGUCUACUAUUUCCAUCCAAGAAAGACAACCGAAUUAUUCUUUGCUGGGAUUAUCAAAGCAGCAGCUGUCACGUUAUACCAGACUGAAGUGGACAUCACGGUGCAGCACUUAAGCCUCAACGAAAGAGUUCAAGAUUUCCAUCAGCAGCCAUAUCUGCUCUAUAAUGUCAUCCUGAACAGCAGCAACGUGUUAGCUCUCAGCCCACUGAAGGCCCACUCAGGGUUAGAAAUCCCCGUGGCCUUCUUUUGUCGGACAUUUCCCUUUCACAUCUUGUUUGAUGAGGAUAUGACCCUACUGCAAAUUGGCAAUGGCUUCCGGAAGCGGCUGAUUCGAAAAGAUGUUCAGAGAAAGCCCACCUUUGAGGAGUACUUUGUCAUCUUGUCUCCGGGAAUCAGAAGUACUUUCCAAGGCAUUUUAACCAUGCUGAAUACCCUCUUCAUUUUGAGGAUAAAGCAAGCUGCCAGCGAUUUUGAUGGUGCGCCUCAGCUGAUGGAUCUUAAAGGUCAGAUGAUUUAUGUCCCGGAAUCCAACACCAUCCUUUUCCUGGGCUCACCCUGGGUGGGCAAAUUAGAGGAGCUGACGGGUCGUGGGCUCUACCUCUCUGACAUCCCGAUCCAUAAUGCACUGAGAGAUGUGGUAUUGGUGGGAGAACAAGCCAAGGCUCAAGAUGGCUUGAAGAAAAGACUAAGCAAGGCAAAGGCUGAUCUGGAGCAGGCCCACCAAGCUCUGGAGGAAGAAAAGAAAAAGACGGUGGAUCUCUUAUUUGCGAUAUUCCCAGGGGAAGUGGCCCAGCAACUCUGGCAAGGGCAGCACGUCCAGUCCAAGAAGUUUGAUAAUGUCACGAUGCUGUUCUCCGACAUAGUUGGGUUUACCGCCAUCUGUGCCAAGUGCACCCCGAUGCAGGUGGUCACCAUGCUGAGUGAGCUAUACACGCGCUUUGACUUCUAUUGCGGGGAGCUGGACGUGUAUAAGGUGGAGACCAUUGGAGAUGCCUACUGUGUAGCAGGAGGUUUACAUAAGGAGAGUCAGACUCAUGCUUUGCAGAUAGCACUGAUGGCCUUAAAGAUGAUGGAACUGGCAGAUGAGGUGCUCACUCCUGAAGGAGAGAUCAUUAAGAUGCGCAUAGGCCUUCACUCUGGUUCUGUCCUGGCUGGGGUAGUUGGGGUGAAAAUGCCACGAUAUUGUCUCUUUGGAAACAACGUGACACUGGCCAACAAAUUUGAAUCAUGCAGCAUGCCAAGGAAAAUCAACGUCAGCCCAACCUCAUAUAGGCUUUUAAAAGAUCAUCCUGGCUUUCUUUUUACACCCCGCACUAGACGGGACCUCCCAGCCAACUUCCCCAGUGAUAUUCCAGGCAUUUGUUACUUCUUAGAAGCUCUCAACUGUUCCACUAUGAACUUCUCCACAAGCCCUAAUGAAGAUUGCAGAGCCACCUGUGGGAGCAUCAAGGAAAAAGAGCAAUAAAAUAAUACACAACUCUUAAAAAUUGUAGUAGGUGAUUAGUACAUCUUUCCACACCGUGGACAUGUCUGAGCCACACAUGCCGAGGCUUUUGUGAGACAACAAGCAUGUGAAGGCGUCUUCAUUUUUUUUUUUGUGAUGUGUAAAGAUCUAUUUUGUAAUCAAUUUAGUUCAUACCACCCAAUAUAUUUUGUUGACUGAUGUGCACAAAUAUAUAUGGUCAAUGAAAGUAGUAUCGUGGAAAUAAACCAUUUUACAGUCUUU